AUGGAUUUUCUUCGAGUCAUAAUUGGGCUUCUGCCCCAAAGCUUAGGAGGACGAAUCGCAUAUGGAGCUGCAGGUGCGCUAGGAGUUGGAUACAUUCUUUCUUAUCCUUAUAACUACAUUCAUUACCAUCGAGUAGAAAAAUAUCAGCUUUCAGUUUGCUGGGAGCAUUAUUUAGCAUAUUUUCAAGCUACUGAAGAACAUUAUAAGCACUCCCCUAGAGAAAUAAAUAGAAGACUGAUGCUAUAUAAUGAAUGUAUACAAUCAGCUCGCAGUGGAGGCAAAACUUACCCUCCAGCCUUAUAA